AUGCUGCCUUUAGGGUUUCGGUUCAAGCCCACCAACGAGGAGCUCAUAAGCCACUACUUGGUGAAUAAGGUCAAGGGCGAACAACUUUCCUGGGAUGGCAUCCCCGAUUGUGAUCUAUACGGUGAGAAGCCUCCCUGGGAAAUCUGCGGCAAUAAGGAGGAGAAGGCUUACUUUUUCACGGAGUUGAAGAAGCUAAGCAAACAUCGUGUGGCACGAACAGCCGGUUGUGGGGUUUGGCAUGAAAAUUGUACUGUCAAGAUUUAUGAUAAUCCGAGUGAUGUUAUCGGGGCCAGGAAACUCUUCAAUUUCAAUGUAAAAGAGGGCUCGACAACGAAGAACUCAAACUGGAUCAUGCACGAGUUCUCCCUCGUUGGGGAGCAACAGGGUACCAACUGUGUUCUCUGUACCCUUCAAAAGAAAGGAUCAGAAUCAUCAAGUGGGGUCAAAAGACGCUUCGAGGAGGAAUCUCAUCAGAGAAAGAGGGUUUGCUGCAAUAUUGUUGAAUGUCCACCGCCUCAGGCAAUAUGGAUCCCAGCGGAGACUGAUUUGGAAACCAACAUGGGCUCUCUACCGUCCAGUGAUCCCUCUGAUUUUAAUUUUGAUUUGGAAACCAUCAUUAGCUUACAGCCGCCAGAGGUUGGAGAUCUGCCGCCAGAGGGUGGAGAUCUGCCGAUUCUUCCUCCAUUGGAGGAUUUUUGGGAUGCUGACUGUGAUGCUUUAUUUGCCUAG